AAACUAGUAAUUUAACCAUAAAAUAGCAACUCUUUUUCCCUUUUCUUGAAUUCAACUUUCCCCUUUAUCUUUUCUACCUCAAUUCUUCUUCUUCUUCUCCCAAUCUUCUUUAUAUAUACUCAUUUUCAUAUCCAUUAUCAGGACUCUCUUCUAACCAAACCCAAGAACAGAGUCCCCACAACAACACAAGGUUCCAAUUCCAUUUUCAUCAUCGGAAAACCCACAUUACAAACAACAAAAGGGAUACAAAAUUGAAAACCCUUUUUCAUUUCUUAUGGACUUGUUUGCCAUUUUCUUUUUCUUCUCUGUUUUCUUAACUCUCCAUGGGUCUUUUGGAGCUAAAUUUACAUUCGUCAACAAGUGCGAUUUUACAGUUUGGCCAGGAGUUCUCUCCGGCGCCGGCAGCUUGAAGUUUGACACCACCGGUUUCGAGCUUCGAAAGGGGAGUUCGAGAUCUUUUCAAGCGCCGGCGGGCUGGUCGGGUCGCUUCUGGGGUCGAACAGACUGCAGCUUUGAUGGCUCCGGGCGUGGGGUUUGUAAUACAGGGGAUUGUGGGUCGGGGGAAAUUGAGUGCAAGGGCGCUGGAGCAGCACCACCAGCAACUCUGGCGGAGUUCACUCUUGGAUCGGGGAGUUCGCCGGAUUUCUACGAUGUGAGCCUGGUGGAUGGGUACAAUUUGGGGAUGAUAGUUGAGGGGACGGGUGGAACAGGGGCAUGUGGGUCGACGGGGUGUGUGACGGACUUGAACAGGCAGUGUCCAUUGGAGCUUAGGACGGAGAAGGGAGGGGCGUGUAGAAGUGCGUGUGAGAAGUUUGGGACGCCGGAGUAUUGCUGUAGUGGGGCGUAUGGUUCACCGGCGACUUGUAAGCCGUCGAAAUACUCAGAGAUAUUCAAAUCGGCUUGUCCGAGAUCGUAUAGCUAUGCGUACGAUGAUGCCACCAGUACUUUCACUUGCUCCGGCGCCGAUUAUACUGUCACAUUUUGCCCUUCUUCUCCAAGCUUAAAAUCAUCGACCGAUUCGCCACCAAAGACGACGACGGGAACUACUGGGGUGGUGGCACAAACGACGAUGCCACUACCGGAAAGUUCAUGGCUAGUAGAUAUGGCCAUGGGAGGCUCAACAAGAACUCACCAAGUUGAUGUGUCUUUUCUUUUGUUUGUGUUAAUAUUUGGAAGCUCUUUGGUUUUCUUCUCAUCUUAGCACUAAAAUUCAAAGUCCCAAGAGAGGAUGAUUUUGGAGAAACAAAUGGAUUCAAAUUUCAUUAUCUCACCAAAAGAAAACCCCCAUAAUUUCUAAUCAUUAUUUUUUUUACUAAAACAAACCCAUUUAAUUUCACGUCUAAAAAAAAGGAUAAUUUUGAUCCUAAUUCAGUAGUUACAGUGAUUGUUUUUCUUUCAAGAUGAAGAAUCUGUAUAAACAUCAUGUCAUUAAGUUAAUUUAAGGCAAAAGUGAGAGAGUCAAAUAACUGUACUGAAGAAAUUACGUAAUUGUUCAUUCAAACGUAUCUUUAUCA